UCUUUAUAUUUUCUGUAGUUUCUUACUGCAGAGGCUCCAACUUCUUUUUAAUUGCAUAAAUUCUUAAUGCAUUAUCUAAUACGUAAAUCAAUAUGAGGUUAGAGUAGAGGUUCUGCUUCUUCAUAUUAAAUUAGAUAGUGACUGUUGGUAUUUGCUUUGAAUCAGGAAACCUUACGUUUAUCCAUAAAUACUAUCUCAAGUUAAAUACUAGACCUAAAAAGCCAACUUGGUUUUCAGUCAUUCAACUUUAUGUGAAAUAGUCGCUGAAGAGUAUCUUCAUCGGUUACUCGUGAUUUGGAAGUGGUGGACAAGGAGGAGCAAGAAGCAAGCACCAGCCGAGAAUAGAAGAGAAACUUUUUCUUUAUUCAACCAUCUGCUUCACUGGUCUGUUCUGCAAUUACUGUUUACAGUCUGAGCUGAAUUAUUAUUUUUUAUUACUUCUGCAAUGGGGUGGUGGAUGAGAUGCAAACUCGGAGUAGUUCCCAGAUUAUUAGUCGGGUUUAACCAAAGUAGGAAUGGGAGUUGGAGAUGGAUAUCGACCUCUAAACCGGGUAUUACUGGUAAGAGAUUUGCUGCACUUUGGGGAAAUGGUGAUUUUGGGAGGUUAGGGCUAGGGACUCCAAAUUCCCAAUGGACUCCAACUGUUUGUACGGCCUUUCAGGACAACGACGACAGUGUUUGCUCCAUCUCUUGUGGAGGAGCUCACACUUUGUUUUUGAAUGAAUCUGGUCGUGUUUUUUCUACCGGACUAAAUGAUUUCGGACAACUAGGGAUAUCUGAUAAGAAAGCAUAUACGUUCGAUCCACUUGAAGUUUCAAGUCUGCCUGAUGAAGUAAUUCAAAUUUCAGCUGGUUAUUAUCAUUCGGCGGCUGUUACAGUGCAUGGGGAACUCUACAUGUGGGGAAAGAACUCAAGUGGGCAACUUGGCCUCGGAAAGAGUGCAGAUAAGAUAGUUUAUUCCCCUACAAGAGUUGAUUGUUUGAAGGGUACAAGAAUCAAAAAGAUUGCAUUGGGUUCUGAACACUCAAUUGCUAUCACUGAUGAUGGUGAGGUGUUAAGUUGGGGUGCUGGGGGAGCUGGAAGACUUGGCCAUGGCCAUCAAUCAGGUUACUUUGGGUUUAUUAGAAGUUCAACUGAAUACACGCCGAGGCUUAUCAAAACCCUUGAGGGAAUUAAGGUUAAAACUGUGUCCGCAGGACUCUUGCAUUCAGUUUGCAUCGGUGAAAAUGGCUCCGUCUUCCUUUUCGGGGAAAGAACAGUAGAUAAAUUUGGUUUUGCAGAUGCAAAAAGUGCAACAUCACCUUAUGUUAUAGACGAGCUUCCAUCAUGUCAUGAAGUUGCUUGCGGUGGCUAUCAUACAGGUGCUAUAACGAGGGGAGGUGAACUAUAUACAUGGGGCUCAAAUGAAAAUGGAUGCCUUGGUAUUGGUUCCUCUGCUAUCAUCAGCUUGCCUCAGAGAGUUGAAGGUCCACUGGCAGAAGCUAAUGUAUGUGAGAUACAUUGUGGAUGGAAGCAUACAGCUGCAAUUAGUGACGGGAAAAUUUUUACAUGGGGUUGGGGAGGAUCAAAUGGAACAUUCUCUGUGGAUGGCCAGUCUUCAGGUGGACAAUUAGGACAUGGUACUGACAUAGACAAUUUUGAGCCGAAGUUGGUCAGUUUUGAUAAUAACAAUGAGAACAGUGUAAAAGCUCUGCAGGUAUCUUGUGGCUUUAACCAUACAGGAGCCAUUUUUGAGUAUACGUCUUCUUAAUCUCUUUUGGAUAGUGGAAGAAGGUUCAUUUCAGUUUGCCAGUGUAUCAAUCCUGGAUGGUUUCUGAGCCGUGAGAGACAUGAUGAGACUCUUGAGUCUUGAUCCAUCAACAGCUAGCAUAUACAUGUGUAGAAGGUUCUUGUUGUUCUUCAUUGCUAACAUCAUCAUCAGCCAGUAUGUACGGUUGUCUGUGAACUACAAGGAAGCUCUACACAAAUACCAAAAAGGGAGAUUGCUUGAGUUUUUUUUUAUUCUUUUUGUAAGUUUUUAUAUGUAUACUGAAUAUUGAUACUUACAUUCAUAUACUUGCUGUUACAGAUACUGAUGUGCAUGAUUUAAUGAAUGAAAGUUCCCAGCAAAUAGUGACACAAGCUGUACAUUUGAA